CUGCCUUCCCGCCUGGCCUGUGCGCCAGCCUGCCUCUCCCGCUGGCUGCAGCCUCCCACCCCGGGCUGGUAUCUGUGCUCUCAGUGCUGCAGCCUGCCUGCGUCUCCAUCAGCACAGGGCUGGCGAGGGGCCGGCCGGACACCAGGGCCCGCCCUCCCAUCACUGGAAGGCCACUGCUCCUUCCUCAUUUUGCUGCUGAUUCUAGCCCCAAACAAAACAGGUUGAGCCCUUUUCCUCCCUCCGGCAGCUCCUCUCUGGCUUGCGGCCGCCUUCUGAGGCGCUGCAGACGGCGCCGGCUGGGGAGGGGGGCCUGGGCCAGCGCUGUCGGGCCUGGGACGGUGCGCCUGGCUCCUGGCCCUCGUUCAGCCCUGCCUGUGGCAGGAGAGCAAGCUUUGCCGUGGCAUUCGCCUGAGGAUGCUGCCCCAGCUUCAGUUCAGAGAUGCCUUUUGGUGCAGGGACUUCACGGCCCACACAGGCUAUGAGGUGCUGCUGCAGAGACUGCUGGAUGGCAGGAAGAUGUGCAAGGACGUGGAGGAACUGCUGAGGCAGAGGGCCCAAGCAGAGGAGCGCUAUGGCAAGGAGCUGGUGCAGAUCGCCCGGAAGGCAGGCGGCCAGACAGAGAUCAACUCCCUGAGGGCUUCCUUUGACUCCCUGAAGCAGCAAAUGGAGAAUGUGGGCAGCUCCCACAUCCAGCUGGCCCUGGCCCUGCGCGAGGAGCUGCGGAGCCUCGAGGAGUUCCGUGAGAGACAGAAGGAGCAGAGGAAGAAGGUGAGUACGAGGCCGUCAUGGACCGUGUCCAGAAGACCAAGCUAUCUCUCUACAAGAAGGCCAUGGAUUCCCGCUUCUCCACUCCCCCAGUCCAAGAAGUCAUAUGAGCAGAAGUGCCGUGAUGCCGAUGACGCUGAGCAGGCCUUUGAGCGCAUUAGCACCAAUGGCCCCCAGAAGCAGGUGGAGAAGAGCCAGAACAAGGCCAAGCAGUGCAAGGACUCAGCCAUGGAGGCAGAGCGAGUGUACAGGCAGAACAUUGAACAGUUGGAGAAGGUGCGGGGCGAGUGGGAGCAGGAACACCGGACCACUUGUGAGGCCUUUCAGCUGCAAGAGUUUGACCGACUGACCAUCCUUCGCAACUCCAUGUGGGUGCACUGCAACCAGCUCUCCUUGCAGUGUGUCAAGGACGAUGAGCUCUAUGAGGAGGUGCGGGUGACACUAGAAGGCUGCAGCGUGGAAGCCGACAUCGACGGCUUUAUCCACGCCAAGAGCACAGGCACCGAGCCCCCAGCUCCGGUGCCCUUCCAGAACUACUACAAUCGGGAGGUCACCCCGGCAUUGGGCAGCCCUGGCGUCCAGCCAUCCUGCGGCAUGAUAAAGAGGUUCUCUGGACUGCUGCACGGGAGUCCCAAGACUAUAUCAUUGGCAGCUUCUGCAGCCUCCACAGAGACCCUGACCCCAACCCCCGAACAGAAUGAGAUUGUCUACUCUACCAUCGCAGUGAAGGAGGCGCCGGACCCCCCAACCCUGCCAGCCCAGGGCUACAGGGUGCUCUAUGACUACACGGCCCAGAAUUCCGACGAGCUGAGUAUCUCUGCGGGAGACAUCCUGGAAGUCAUCCUGGAGGGGGAGGAUGGCUGGUGGACAGUGGAACGGAAUGGGCAGCGUGGCUUCGUCCCCGGUUCCUACCUGGAAAAGCUCUGAGGAAGGGGCAGCAGCCCCCACCUGGACCUGCCCUGCCCGUGAGCAUUCUCCACUCUGUGCACCAAGCAGGUCAGAACCUCAGAGGCUGUGAACCAAUCGUGUGGAUGGACAGCCCUCCCAGCAGAAGAAAUGGUACCAGACAAAGGGGGGCUGGCAUGUGUGUAACUGGACGUACAAAUAACAGCAGCCCUCUCCCCGACGGAGGGCUGGUCGGACAGAUGAAGCAGGGGACAGAAGAAUGGUCAACAUCAGGACGAAGCCAGGCUCAGGCUUCCCUGUGUGCUCAUAGGCAAGUAAUCAUUUCUCUGGACCUCAUUUUCAUCAUCAGUAAUAUGGGUGCAAUAAGCCCCUUGUGUAAGUUGCUAUCCCCAUAAAGUUCAAAUUAGAUAAAAGUGCUAAUUAAAAGC